GGCAGGCAUGAGAAUGUAAACGCAACAACGGCAUAACAACAGUCGGUGGAAUUUAUAUUUAGUAUUGCGAGGGCAGAAAAUGUCUCCUUUCACAAAAACAGCAGCACGAUACAACGUCAUUUUAGGAGAGCGAGGCGCGCAUCAGAACGGAAUCAGUAGCUCAGCAUCUGCUUCUCCGGUGACCGACGAGCUCUAAAGCGAGAAUAUUAAUAUUAAUAUCAGCGCGAAGUGCGCCGCCACCGCUGACAUAUCUGUUUAUCUGCGGGCUCUGCAUUCAUUACCGUGAAGUCAUCUAGCGGUUAGUGUGCAGGCACUAACAGACUGCAUUUGUGAAUGGUUCUAUGGGCCUGCUUUGAACGGAUGUUUUUUUUUCUUCGCUAACGUCGCAGUGAACUGCACCAUGGAUAGCGAGGUGCUUUCUCAUCAUCGUGCUCCGCGCGGAGGGUGAAUGGGGAUGAGGAUGUUGUUUACAAAAAGCAGCCAGCCGUCAGCGCACUGAUGCUCGGUCUCCUCGCACAUCAUUUUUCAUCUAAUCUUUUAUGACACGGUUGGAACUUACUGUCACCUCCGUCUUUCCUCUUUGAAGAGGGCAAUGUCAUCGUCAGCAGACCGGCGUGGAUUUGUUGUGGUCUGAUUUUACUACUUGUCCGCUGCAAUUCGACUUCUCACCGUUUAUAUAACAGGGACGGGGGAAAGCUUUAAAAUCCCUCCCCCUGCUCCUAAUUGGUCCUCUAUACCAUGAGCUUUGGCUCCGCCCAGGAUGUGGCGGUGGAGAAUUUCCUGCGUGACAUAGAGAGGCGGGGCCAGUGGCUGCACUGCGCUGUUAUUGGCUGUGAGGAGGAGCAUUCCUGUGGCGACAUGAACCUUUUGUACCGCAAAAGUCGACUGGAUUGGAGACACAGAGAUCAGGAGGGCAAGAAAAGCUCCAAUUAUAAAGAUGCCUCCUCUGCGACGGUUGGGAAGGUUCGGGAUCUGGCAUCAUUUCGGCGUCAUUUCCGAAUGGGAUUUAUGACGAUGCCGGCGUCCCAGGACCUUUCGCCUCACUCUUGUGCGGCCGCCAUGGCCCCACGCUCUCAAUCCUGCCAUGCUGUGGGCACCGGUGAGGGAGAGGAAAUGGAGAAUGGAUAUUAUCCAGACUCAGACCCCCAAAACCAGUCAAAUACCUCCCGCUGUCCUCCAGCCAAGCCUAAACGCCACCCCAAUACUCGUCUCAGCUCCACACCCCAGCAGGAGCAUCCUUCCCGGGGGGUUCACGCACCACCUGAUACUCCGCCACCUCCACCUCCCAAUCACCCACUCAAACACCCAGAGAAGCGGAAUGCAAUGAAGAAAUCUGAUUCAGGUGAAAUGCCAGGACGAAAGGUUCCUCCCUUGAAGCCCAAACGGAGUCCAAGCACACACCUCUCCUUUGACACCCCGCCCCCUCGGGUCCCACCCCCGACCACACCUCAUCCCUUCCAGAGCUCUGAACCCUCUCCACGAGGUGAGGGGGGAGAUGACGAGCCAGUUUACAUUGAAAUGGUGGGCCAGGUCUUUACCCGAGAGACUCACAGCGCCCCUACUCCUCACCCGCUCACGCCAUCUGCCACAACACCUGAUUCUGAAUCAGACCAUGGAGAGGCCAUUUAUGAAGAGAUGAAGUACCCCCUACCAGACGACGUGGCUCGAGAAGUCCACCGCCGCUUACCACUCAAACACGAGUGCAUCAAGUCUGCUAAAGCGUAUCCCCCCCCCGACAGCCCCCUGCUCUGGACCUACCCCUCGGUUGGCUUCCGCCGCCCACCCGCCUACGAUAGCCUGCGCGGGGGCUCACAGUUGCCAUCCUUGCACGCAGACCCCACUAAAACUGGAUCUGCAGCCCAUGCAUUGCAGGCCAAGGCCGGGUUCAUUCCCUGGGAGAGCGCAGCUGCCUUAGGGCUCACCGAAGAACAGGCUUACUGGCCCAUGCACCGAAAAUUAUCAUUCAGUCAUGGGAGCCGAGACACUGAGAAGGAAGAUGGAGGUGCAUGGAAUGGCAGUGCAGAUGCUCUAUUGAGGAGAGAGAGGGAUGACCUAGGAGCCAUGCGGUGUGGUGGACACUCUGGAAUACCUGUGCGGGCAACAGGGAGACACAGCGAGAGCUUGGCUGGGGUGGAUGGACCACCAGGGUUGAGAGGACUGAUACGAGCGGGACUGCCCUUACCCUGCCAAACCUUCCCAGCGUGCCGCAAUGGAGAGUUGGGUCGCCUUGGCAGGUCUUCCUCCACAUCGGGAGUGAGACAAGUGGGUGGUGACGUUCAAAGGCAGAGCAGCCUGCCGGCCAGAGAAGCACUCAACCAGUUCCACGCUCUCUCGCAGGUUCAGGCUCAGACUCAGUCUCAAGCUCCCUGCAGUCCGUCUUUGAGCCGACAGCAGCUGUACCAGCAGCAAGUCCAGCUCCAGUUCCAACAGCUGGCUCAGCUCGCCGCACAGGCCCAGGCUCCCCUCAGCACGGCCUUGGCCCAGCGUGACGGCAAGCUCCUGGAGGUGAUCGAGAGAAAGCGCUGCCUGUGUAAGGAGAUUAAGGCUCAUCGUCGGCCGGAUAAGAGCUUAUGUAAGCAGGACAGUAUGCCUAUUUUACCUAGCUGGAGGAAAACGCCGGAGCCCCGCAAGACUGGAACACCGCCCUGCCAGAGGCCACAGGCUGUGGUGUGGGACACGGCCAUCUGACCGAGGCAGAGAGCAGCAAACAGUGUGUAUGGAAUAUGAAAGGCAUGACUGAGAGAGACAGAUGGAGUAACAAUCUUUUCUUCUUUUUUUCUGUUUUGCGUGUGAAAAGACAAAAUGGAAAUUUAGGGGAAAUGAGAGAAGUGGCCUUUGAGUGAAGAGAUUAAAAUAAGACUGGAAAGACAAAGCGAGAGCAUUUUGCUCAGAGAAUAGCAUGAUUUAGAAUAAAUCUCUCUGUAGAAGCAGGAGAAAAUGUGUUCCACACAAUGUUUAUGUGCCAUACAGAUGCAGCAGAUGAAACACACACACACACAUACACCCUGGAGAGCUACCCGAAUCUGAACUCUCUCUGACCUGCUGCGAAUAUAACCUGUGCUGCUGAGUUUACAACCUUUUUGAAACACACUGGAAACCUUUGGAGCAACGUGACAUUCAUAAUCUGAAUAUAAACCAUUAGUGAGGAGAAUAGACAUUCUUUUUCCUCCAAGUAAUGAAGAAAUGAUCAAAACUUGAUGUAUAAAGAAUGAAGAGACGCUGAAAGAUCAUAGUGGAGCUUUUCAUCAUAUCAUAAACUGUCUGUGACUUUGGGCUUGUGUGUUUUUACUGACCAGAUUUACUCAGUUAUGCUGCUGUUUCCUGGGCACCCACUAGACUGAUGUUUUUUUUUUACAUUCCAGAAGAGUGUCAGAAUGUGUGUGUGUGUGUGUGUGU